CCAUUAUUCCGCAAAGAGUCAAUGCUUCCAGAUGGCACAAUACAACUAUCACGAGUCGCAAUUACCCUAUGAAUUACACUAAUAACUUGGAAUGUAAUUGGUUAAUUGAAGUUGUCAGUGAUCUUCCAUCCGUUGGUUUUAUAUUGAAGGUGACAUUCAAUAGCCUUCAUUUAGUACAAGGCGGGUAUCCUGUUUGUGAAGACAAACUUGAGUUCUAUGAUGGUAACACCACUAGUCUGUCUAAUCUUCUUGGAUCAUAUUGUGGAGAAGUACCUCCCGAGGUUGUUUAUUCUACUGGACAGCUCUUGUACGUCAAGUUCCAGUCAGAUGGACGUUAUUCCGACAGGGGAUUCAGUUUCAAUGUUUCGGCUGUUUUGGAAGAGGAAGCCGCUGGUAUUUGUCGUAGGACAGACAGACGAGAUAAAGUCCUUGAGCUUGGUGGGUCAUCUGGUACAUUCUUUACCCCAGAUUACCCUGUUCUUUACCCAAUGGGUGUCCAGUGCACUUGGGUGAUCUCCGUUCCUGCUGGACGGAGAGUGAAGUUGGCAUUUGAAGACUUUAACCUAGGAUUAAAAGUUGAUGUUAUUUGCGAAAAUAGGGAUUCAACAGAUUAUGUGCGCAUACGAGAUGGGCGAAUGGAAGAUAGCAAAGAGCUUGCUCUGUUUUGUGGAUGGCACCAGCCGAUUUUGGGAAAUAUAUACGAUGUUUAUUCCACAGGAAAUUAUAUGCGGGUCACGUUUGCCGCCUUAAGACUCAGUCAGUUAAGUCGACUUGCCUCGAAAGGCUUCAAGGCCCGUUACCAAUCUGUAGACGCCUCUCCUGAUGCUUACUCUAAAGAACUAUGUUAUCGUGGAAACGUUAACAAUAACAACCUUAAAUUAACUGGUUCAAAUGGAACUCUUAGAAGUCCAGAGAAGAAUUCAGCUUACCCCCCAGAUAUGAGCUGCGAUUGGCUAAUCACUGUGCGAGAUGGAAAAGUUGUGAAACUCAGCUUUGACAUGUUUGAAUUGCAACCCAGCUUUGGCCAGCCAUGCACUAAAGAUUAUGUAGAAAUCCUAGAUGGAAAGGACAGGAGCAGCGCGAGCAAAGGAAGAUUCUGUGGUAAAGAAAAACCAGAGGACAUUCAGUCAAGCGAACGGUACAUGAGGGUCAUAUUCAGAUCAGACGCUUCAGCUGCGUAUUACAAAGGUUUUAAGGCCACGUUUAGAGAAACUUCCAGAGGUUCCUCGACGUUCAAGGCUAUCGCCUGCACAGUUAGUACAAUUGUUCUAGCUGCUGUGAUGAUUGUCUGAGUGCUGUGUAUCUGGAAGAGCAACAAAAACGAAAAGACAAUGCGAGAAUUCAUUGUAAAAAGUUACUGCUGAAGUCUCCCCUCCCUUACAGUCAGGAUUGCUCGGUUAACACUCCCCUUCAUUACAGAGACCAUCCGUAGAUUUUGCUCCAGCUCCGUCAAAUGAUUAUCGGCUUGCCUCAGUGUACCAAAAUCUGAUACAAAACCACCACUUAACCUUGGAGAAAGGAAGCUCCACCGUAACCUCUCACAGGAAAACUGUAACUGUGCCAGGCAAAAAAAAAAAACAUUUUGCAGCGUCAAUCACACACUUUAUUACAGUCCAUAAGUUGUGUAAUAGUGUAUGAUGAUGUACCCUAUUUCCACGUGAAUUUAAAUUUUUUAAAAUUUAAACAACAGUUAAAACUGUACAGAUACUGUAUAAAUAUUUAGUCAGAACGUCAGCAUAUUUCCAUGAUAUUUAACCCUUAACACCCUAAUAUUAAUAUGUAUAAUCUCCAUACUGUCCUCUUUACAUUUCCUAAGGUGCCGACAAGGAGAAUUCGUUUAACAAUCGAGAGAGUCUUUAGUCGGUGAUCAUUUCCUUGAUUCUCAUGACCUUAAUGUGUGAUUCAGGGGUGAUAUUGUGAGGAGAAAUUAGAUGUUGGUCACUCUUAGGGGUCAAAGGGUUAACAAAUAGAUGCUAUUUGUCGUGCUUCUGUUCAUUCACAGCUUACAGAUGACGUCAAAAUGCGGUAAGAACAAAACCGCUGGUUCAAAAGCCUGCAUUCCUCGGCAUGACGACAGGAUUGUACAAUAUCAUCUGAUUUUGUGUCUUUCGAAAUUCAUAACUUGUAAGAUAAAAUUAAUAUAGACGAUAGCAUUAACACAUAUUGUUAUAACUGAAAAGGUUAAUCAAAAUAAACUACACGAAUACUUACC